UAUGGAAAGCCAUGACUGUCUUCGUUGGUUAUUUUUUCAGUUAGAUGGUGCAUAUGUACUGAUGUAUGGUACUUGUGUGGGUGUCCAGGGUAGUUCUUUUAUUGUGUGUGGUGAAUUUCAUAUGAUAUCCGGUAAUUUUUACGUCAUAUGCGAUACCUGAUACUUUGUAUUGAGUGCCAGUAUCCAUUUCUACCGUGCAAUUUCAACGUUUUAGGGUUUUUAUUUAGUUGUAUUUGGUGCCUUYAACAUUUAAUUUAGGUGGUCAAGCCUUCAUGUAAGGWGACUAACCCCAUAAGCUUCGGUGCCUACCGUAGUAUACGCGGUUUCCAAUUCACCACAUUCAGCGCCUACUUAGUUGUGUUCGGUACCUAUCUCAUCGUGAUUGACUCUUCUUUCCUUAUGUUCUCUACCUAUCUCGCUGUAUUCGGUUCUUUUUCCCUCAUAUUCUGCUAAUUUCGCAUCAUAAAUAGCGCCUAUCUWGUUAUAUUCGGUAUUCGUCUCCAUAUAUUUGGUGCUACUAUCUUGAUUGUUGGUGCCAGCUCCAUUAUAUUCGGUYGAAAGUUGGCAUUAUAUUAUGUGAGCCAGUAUUUUUGGUCAGCUGUAUUCCCUUAAAAAUUCGUUACCAGGCUCAGUUGAUUCUUACUGCACGAUAAAGUCUGGGGAGAGAAUUCCGAGAGCCAUCAGUAUUUUCGGUCAUCGGACUGUCACAAAAAGAUCAUGCUUCGUUUUAAAAGUCCCGCCAAAAACGCAUAAUCUGUAUUUAUUCCUUCUCUUUACAUGUAUUAGUAGUCGAUUUACUACUYUGUGAACUAGUUAAUAUGGAAGGAAUUCUUUCAAAAUUGAAUCUGGGAACGCUAAUAGAGAGAUUUAAGUCGGAAAGAGUGGACCCUGAGACAAUUAUUUCGGCGUCGGACAGCGAGCUUAUUCGCCUUGGAGUUACCACCAUCGGAGACCGCAUUCGGCUACGUGAUCUUUGUAAAGAACAUCAGGCAUCAGGAUCUCCCAGUACAAGUGGUUUGUCAUCAAGAACUGCCCGAGAAGAACGAUUAGCCCUGUUUAACCCUCGUAAUAUUAAUAUUAGGCACAGAUUAGGGAGAUCGACUGAUGGAGAUGGCAGAGAUAACAAGAGGAAGAAGACAAGUACCUCAAAGAGUUGGACCGUCCAGUUUGUGUGCUUGGCUGACAGAUUUGCCACUAAAACCCCUACUUCCGUAGAGAAACAAAUCCUAUACAAAGCAGGUUUGGAUUUGAAGAAGAUUAAGCUGGAUGUUGAAGACGAUGAAAGUGAAGUGAUCAAUAAAAUCACAUCAGACGUGAAAGAUCAGACCACUGGAGAGCCUUUGGGUUUCUCCGCCUUGYGUUCCUGUGGAGGUUUUGAAAUGAAACAAUGCCUACCCAAUUGUAGGGAUAUAACUCUGAUAAACUGCAAAUGGUCAGCAAAAGCUUUGAGAGCAAAUCUAGGGGGAGGACAGGGGAAGAUCUAUCUCGUUCCAAUCCAGAAGUCUCUCUCUACCAAGCCACUUGUGGAAGAAAGUCCCGAGUCUACUUUAAUGGAAAAAUACUCGAGAUGCAAUAAAGAGUUUCAAGUUAGAGUACUUAGGAAGCACCUGUGGGAGUGUACAGAAGAUAUUGGAUCUGAUGAUGAUCAAGUUCUUGAGCAACCUACAUUUGAGAGAAGUUCUUACAGUACUUCCACAACCAACAAUGUUGUUGACUUAACUGCUGUCAGUGAGACCACCCCAGCUCUUCAAGCUCCAACAACACUAACAGUUCCUUCAUCUACCUCUUCCACUGUGGUUCAUCAACCAAAUACACAGACUUCUCCAGCUGAUAGAUUUACUUCCUCAACUGCUGUCUCUGCAGUCUCCUCAAGUCCCUCUGGUACCCUUUUAAAUGAGACGGUGGAUGAGGUAGCACUUAAAGUGCAUAAGUACUGCAUUGAUAAUGAUGUGCACAAUCCAGCAGAAAUCCUUAGGUGCCUGCAAAAAUUCAUGGUUACUGGUAGAGAACUAGAAGUGCAAAGUGCGCAAGAGGUACAGGAGGGUGAAACUAAUUUCAUCAUGGUAGAUSGCCAAAACAUUCUGGAAACUGCUCUAGAUGAAAUAAGCACCCUGACGGACUACAGAAAGACUCUUGAAGUGCAAUUUUACAAUGAGGAGGCACAAGAUUAUGGUGGGCCACGAAAAGAGUUUUUCCGUCUUGUCCUUAACGAGAUCAAAGACACAUACUUUGAAAAUGGUUUGAGGGAACUCAUGAGGGACAAGUAUGUCACUAUUGGGAUAAUACUGGAUAUCUUUUUAAAUAAUGCACCAGGCCCCUGCUUGGAGGAGCUGCAAAGUGGACUCAAGAAAGUGGGAGUUUACCAGGUAGCUAACAAGUUGCCUGUUUUUCUUCACCUUCUUWAAYCUGGACCUCCAAGUCCCCUAACAGUUAGAGGUAUAACAAGCUUACUGCAGCCACUCUUCAGUGAAGUAGGAUCGAAUAAGAGAAAUUAUGAAAAUGCUGUGUACAGUCAAUUCAUAAAAUAUCUGAGGGAAACUGCAAGUGGACGUAGAAAUGGUGUCACCCUUGCACACAUCCUUCAGUUUACAACAGGUGCUGAUCAAGAGCCAGUUUUGGGUUUUGUGAUCCACCCCAGUGUAACAUUUGUUGAGGCUACAAGUUCUUUUAUACCUUCUGCAAAUACACGUAUAGCUUGUUUGAAGCUCCCACACCCAUCACAUGAUGUUCCCUUACCACCUACAGAGCAGUUGUUCUAUCUAUAUGAUCUUGCCUUUUCAAAUGCAUACUUUGGUAAUGUGUAAAUGAAUCAUYUUUAUAUUUGCACUUUUGCACUGAUCUCUUAUUUAUGCUGAAAAUGUUCAUUUUUGGACAAUUUGGUUGGAUUUCAAAGUAACAGUGACUAGGGAUAUAAAGUCUCAUGAAGGCAGUGACAUCAUGGCWGUUUCAGAUACAGUAUAUAUGUUUGAGAUGCUUUUGAAUUUYAUUGAYUGACAUUAAAUUUAUGUCCAUYGCAAAAUGCUACACCAUGAGAGAUAUUAAUUUUGUCACUGGACAUAAAUUUAUAUCACAAUGAAAAAGUGCAAAUAUAACUUUAACUUGUUAAUUUGUUACAGUUCAAUUGACAGUUUGUUAGCAUUUUAGAUUUUCAUCUUUAUGGAGUAGUUCCACAUUUCUAGUUUGUCACUGAUUUUAGGCAUGUAAAUGUAGUGCAGGGCUAAAAGAUGUACUUCACUAAGAGGAUUAAGGAUGUUGUUGUCCUCCAUGAAAUAAAACAAAUUGUAAUAAUAACUCAA